ACGAGGCUGAGAGGAUUCUGUUGCAGGCUCACAACUCGACUCUUUAGCACACUUUGCCUUGUCUCUGCCUUUUCAUAAUGGAGGCCCAGCGGUAUCCCAUCAGUGUCCGUUUCGUUGGAGUGAUGCACAAGGAGAAGAGCAAAAUGUACAUGACCUCCGUGCUCUGGUCGGAUCAGAACGACAUUGUUGUUUACAGAACUUUCGGGGAUUUCAAGAAAUUGCACAAACAAUUGAAGAAAGCAUUCCCAGCCGGAAGUAAGCUUAAGAAAUCUGACAGAAUCAUCCCCAAAUUUCGAGGCAGGAGAACGAAGCGGAGCCAGAAGAAGGCCCCCACAAAAUCAAUGAUGCGCCUCAAGUUCUUGCAGAAAUAUUGCAAUGAACUUCUGAGCUGCGACCCGCGGGUCAUUCAGUCUCAGGAGCUCACCCAGUUCUUCCAACCCAAAGAACAGGACCUGCAGCCGGAGUUCGCCAGAAACAGCAUCAUGAUCAUGCCAUCAGAGGAUGAAAUGAGGACAGACGCAGGGCACGGCAACGGAGGCAAUGUGACCCAGCCGUUUGUCACAGAGACAUACAGAUGUGUGGCCCCGUACGAGACCAAAGACACCAAGAACAAACCUUUCAAAGUGGCGGUGGAUGAAAAAGUGGACGUACUCAUCAAAGACAAAGCAGGGUGGUGGCUUGUGGAGAAUGAAGAAAAACGGAUGGCCUGGUUCCCUGCCCCCUAUCUGGAGAAGCUAGAUGAUGAAGAUGAGGAUGAAGAUGACUCAGAUGGGAUUCCUGAAAGAGGAAUGCCGUACACUGCAGUCAAGAGCUACAAGGCCACUAAAGAUGAUGAGAUAACCGUGAGCAUUGGUGCAGUAGUGGAGGUUCUGCAGAAGUCUGACAACGGCUGGUGGCUCAUCAGAUACAAUGGCAAAGCAGGCUACAUCCCCACCAUGUACCUGCAGCCCUACAGUUACCCACAAAUCCGCAUGACAAGCCACCAUCAGGAGCGUCGUGCCUCCUCCGUGCUCCCGCUCCCCUCCUCCAUGCUGGAACAGUCCCAAGAGCUCAGCCGAUCUCAAGGAAACCUGCUGCAGGUUCCACCCGUCAGGUCCUCCUCACCCCACCCUCUCCAACCACACACCAAGGAGAGGUCGCACUCACUUGACAUCCCGCCCGAACAACCUCCUGCUCAGCCUGCACGGAGUACCUUUGCUACCAACAUUGCUGUCACCGCAAAACACUCCCCUCCACCCACCAUCAUGGUGCAGAGGGACGAAGAGGAGGAACAACGUGACAGGCGACUGUCGGGAGAUAGCGAGGGAAGCUUUGAGAGCAGCGGCAGUGACUUCAGCUAUGACGACCUUAGCUCCUCCUCAGCAAGCUCAUCCUUCAACCUGAGCCACGGCGCCAAUGACGAACGGCUGCGGUACAGCCGCACGCCUCCACCCACGCUAGGCAACCACCUCAGCCCAACAAGCGGCCUUGAGGGGAAAAUAAUGCCCAGCGUCUCUGAUCCCAACCUCUACAAGAGGCCCACAACACCUAAGGUUCCGCCCAGGCCACAGGCUCAGGAGAUCCUCACCCGCUGCUCCACUGUCACCCGCAAGAACGCAACCAGAGGCAAUCUGUCACCCACACAAGCUGAGAUACUGAGCCGAUGAAGUUUCUGUUCACGUUUCAUGUUAGCUUUACGCUUCUAUUAAAGAACCUCAUCUAUUCUGUGGAGGAGGAGGAUAGAGGUCUGCCAAUUACAACUGCUGGUUAAGACUGUUCAGAAAGAUAACCAUAAGAGGACUGUGGGGAAAUGUUACAGGAUUUAUGCUGUCAAUACUGAAUAUAUAAAGUGCAUGUUUACAACUUUCACCAAAUCUGCUAAAUUUAAUCACUUCUUUGCUGUCUGUUUUGAAUGAUUUAUUUUCCAUACUGGAAACCUCGUGUUGUGCCUUAUAUGCAUUUUCACUGUGCUCAGUGCACAGUGUGUGAUUGAUCUGUUCUUGUAAUUGCAGGGAAAGUUCAUGAAAAUAAAGUGUGUGAAAUACCA